AUGCUUAACUUCCCAAUUAGUAAGUAAUUUCUUGUUUAUUGGCGGGGUUUAGCACACAAAUUUUCAAAGCAAAUUCAUAUGAAUAGAUUGAAAAUUACUUAUUAUGGGGGGUAAAUGCCCAAAAUUUGCAAUUUUUACAUUUUAUCUGAAUAUCUGCAAUAAUAAGCAAAUUUCGAUCUAUUCAUAUAAAAUAUAUUAUUUUGAAAAUCUUGUGCACAAACCCCCCACUGACAAGCAAGAACUUGAUUAUUACUGGUGGGAGUAAGAGCAAAUCAAAAACCAAAAGAGUCCCAAAGCUUUUCCUCAAUCAAAUAUUGACAAUAGCUUCCCCAUAUGCUUCUUCAUCUAAACCUACCACAAAGCGACAUCAAGAUACCGUUUUGAUGACAAAACACCCUACACUUCAUCGACGAAUAGGCUCAGAGUGCAUAAUUCGUCCGGCCACCUCAAAACGAAAACUAUCAAUUCCUUACUCAGGGUCCCCUCAAAUGCUCCCAAAACCCAAAUCAGCUGCUCGAAUUCAUUCAAAUAAGCCUAUCAAUGUUUUAGCUCCUUUAAAUUUGCAUGAUAAAAUCAAAGCAUUUUGCGAGCCUGAAGUUAAUUUUCCUAUAUCUCCAAGAAGUACAGCUAUGAAUGAAUUAGCAGAAUAUUAUGAAAAGAAAGCAAGUUUAAAAAUUGGGAAAGCUGUAAGCCAAUCGCCAUUAAAGCGCAGGGAAAUAAAGACUAACGACGAUGCUUUGGAUUCUUUAAAUUUAUCGCCAAUUUCGAUAAAAGAUGAUAUAACGUCUUUUUUGCUGAAAAGUUCAGCAGGAUCUCAGCCUAUAGAAAAGUAAUGGAUAUUUAGGUAUGACAAAAGUUUUAGAAAGCUGAUUAAGGUUUUGGGAAAAGCAAGUAAAUCGUAG